AUGGAGACUUCGGAACAAACGCAGAAACUACCAAAAGCACGUGGGAGCGACAUUAACUACGGCAUAGACGACAAUCCGCCGUGGUAUUUCUGUAUCAUGAUGGCGCUGCAGCACUACCUCACCAUGAUCGGUGCGAUUGUGUCGAUUCCGUUCAUCCUCACGCCGGCACUUUGCAUGCGGGACGAGGAUCCAGCCCGGGGCACCAUCAUCUCUACCAUGAUCUUUGUGACCGGGCUGAUCACCUACCUGCAGGCGACCUGGGGCUGCCGGCUACCGAUCGUGCAGGGCGGCACCAUCUCCUUCCUCGUACCAACACUAGCCAUCCUCAAUCUGCCCCAGUGGAAAUGUCCACCGGCCGAGGCGCUGGACGCAAUGAGCGACUCCGAGCGCACCGAGCUGUGGCAGGUCCGCAUGCGCGAGCUGUCCGGUGCGAUCGCCGUUGCGGCCGUGUCGCAGAUAGUGCUCGGCUUCAGCGGGCUGGUUGGCAAGCUGUUGCGCCUCAUCACUCCGCUCACCAUCGUCCCGACGGUGGCGCUGGUCGGUAUCACGCUGUUUGGGCACGCGAGCGAAACGGCCUCCAAGCAGUGGGGCAUCGCCGUCGGGACCACCGCGAUGCUGACGCUCUUCUCGCAGGUCAUGUGCAACGUGCAGUUUCCGGGGCUCGCCUACCGGAAGGGUGUUGGGUUGCGCGUGUGCUGGUUUCCACUGUUCAAGCUCUUCCCGGUGCUGCUCACGAUCGCCAUCAUGUGGACGGUAUGUGCCAUUCUCACAGCAACCGGCGUCUUCCCCGAGGGCCAUCCCGCCCGCACCGACGUACGGCUGCGUGUCCUGCAGGACGCCGAGUGGUUCCGAGUGCCGUAUCCGGGCCAGUUCGGGCUUCCGACCGUGUCGCUGGCGGGUGUCCUCGGCAUGCUGGCUGGUGUGAUCGCGUGCACGGUCGAAUCGAUCAGCUACUAUCCGACGAUCGCGCAGAUGUGUGCCGCACCGCCACCGCCCCUGCACGCCAUCAACCGUGGUAUCGGAAUCGAGGGACUCGGCACGAUGCUGGCCGGCCUCUGGGGUUCGGGCAAUGGGACCAACACGUUCGGCGAGAAUGUCGGUGCGAUCGGCGUGACGAAGGUGGGCAGCCGACGGGUCAUUCAGUGGGCCGCCCUCAUCAUGAUACUCCAGGGUGUGCUGAACAAGUUCGGCGCCGCGUUCAUCAUGAUUCCGGAUCCGGUGGUUGGUGGCAUCUUUUGCGUCAUGUUCGGUAUGAUCACGGCGUUCGGGCUGGCCGCCCUGCAGUACGUGGACCUUCGGUCCGCCCGCAACCUCUACAUCCUGGGUGUUUCGUUCUUCUUUCCACUCGUCCUGUGCCUCUGGCUGCAGGAGCAUCCGGGCGCUAUCCAGACCGGUAACGAAACGGUCGACUCGACGCUCUCCGUCCUGCUUGGGACGACCAUUCUCGUCGGGGGGGUGCUCGGCUGUGCGCUGGACAAUCUCAUACCGGGCACACCGGAGGAACGGGGACUGGUGGCGUGGUCGCAAGAGAUGACCCUGGAAGCGUCGCAUCCCGGGGACGACGAACGAGCCGGUGAAGGUAGCGCAAUUGCGAAAAACACCUUCGACUUCCCGUACGGCAUGGGUCUCAUGCGCCGGUGGAAGUGGACCCGACACGUGCCAUUUCUUCCGACGUACAAAAUGAAACUGUGAGCGUCUUUUUGGGCGAUUGUUACAUCAAAUGUUACGCAAAGGCAAGUUGUUCUCUUUUUU